CCUCUCUCCCUCCUUCUCUCUCUCUCCUUCUGAAGCAAAGCAGAACCUUUUUGGAAGGAUGGUCCUGGAAACCCUGAACCUGAUGCACUACAACAUCACCAGCCUGGUACCGGACACGAUGCCCGUGGCCACAGUGCCCAUACUCAUCCUCAUGUGCUUUCUCUUUCUAAUAUGGAAUCAUGAAGAGACUUCAUCAAUACCAGGGCCAGGAUACUGUAUGGGAAUCGGCCCCCUCAUUUCACAUGGGAGAUUCCUCUGGAUGGGAGUAGGGAAUGCCUGCAACUACUACAACAAGACAUACGGAGAAUUUGUGAGAGUUUGGAUCAGCGGUGAAGAAACAUUUAUAAUUAGCAAAUCCUCAAGCGUGUUCCAUGUGAUGAAGCACUGGCACUACGUGUCUCGAUUUGGGAGCAAGCUUGGACUCCAGUGCAUUGGCAUGUACGAGAACGGGAUCAUAUUUAACAACAACCCAGCACACUGGAAAGAAAUUCGUCCCUUUUUCACCAAAGCUCUGUCUGGUCCCGGGCUGGUGCGCAUGAUCGCGAUUUGUGUGGAGUCAACCAUCGAGCACCUGGACAAACUGCAGGAGGUCACGACGGAGCUCGGGAACAUCAACGUGCUGAACCUCAUGAGGCGGAUCAUGCUCGACACGUCCAACAAGCUGUUCCUCGGGGUCCCUCUGGAUGAAAAUGCCAUUGUGCUUAAGAUUCAAAACUACUUUGAUGCCUGGCAAGCACUUUUAUUAAAGCCUGACAUAUUUUUUAAGAUUUCUUGGCUGUGCAAGAAAUACGAAGAUGCAGUCAAGGAUCUUAAAGGAGCAAUGGAAAUCUUAAUAGAACAGAAACGACAAAAGCUUUCCACUGUGGAAAAGUUGGAUGAGCACAUGGAUUUUGCAUCCCAGCUGAUUUUUGCACAGAACAGAGGGGAUCUGACUGCUGAGAAUGUGAACCAGUGUGUGCUGGAGAUGAUGAUUGCUGCUCCUGACACUCUGUCUGUGACUCUCUUCUUUAUGCUAAUCCUGAUUGCAGAGCACCCCACAGUGGAAGAGGAGAUGAUGAGAGAAAUUGAAACUGUUGUGGGCGACAGGGACAUACAGAGUGAUGACAUGCCAAACUUAAAAAUUGUGGAGAAUUUUAUCUACGAGAGCAUGAGAUACCAGCCAGUUGUGGACCUGAUCAUGCGGAAAGCGUUACAGGACGAUGUCAUUGACGGCUACCCUGUGAAAAAGGGCACAAACAUUAUCCUCAAUAUCGGACGGAUGCACAAACUUGAAUUCUUCCCAAAGCCAAAUGAGUUUUCUCUUGAAAAUUUUGAGAAAAAUGUUCCUUCACGCUAUUUCCAGCCGUUUGGAUUCGGCCCCCGGAGCUGUGUGGGGAAGUUUAUUGCCAUGGUAAUGAUGAAGGCAAUCCUAGUGACUCUUCUGAGGCGGUGUAGAGUACAGACAAUGAAAGGAAGAGGCCUGAACAACAUCCAGAAAAACAAUGACUUAUCCAUGCACCCCAUAGAAAGGCAGCCUCUGCUGGAGAUGGUUUUCACACCCAGAAGAAACGCAAAUGAGAAUCAGGGUGAUGGAAUGGAUCAGCACUAAAGUACAGGGUUUUCACAACCACUAAGAAAUAGUCAUCAUUCC